AUGGCCACGGAAGAUGAUAACUUCGAUAUUGACAUUUACGGGGAUGGCAGUGGCUACAACACCACCGAACAAGGUGAUCAGAACCAAGAUGACACCGAGCUGGUACUAGAUGCCCCCGAGACCACUUCCUCGGCCCCUUCCGCAGACACGAAACAAGCCAACAACACGAAUCACGCGAACAAUACGAACAAUGCGCCCGCCGAGUCGACCCAUCCCGUCGAAUCUGCGCCCGCCUCCAACGGCGACCACGCCAUGACCAACCCGCAGACCUCCGCUCACGAUACCCCAGCGCCGCCACAUGGGGUCAAGCGGAAGGACUAUGACGACCGCCCCUCAGACCCAGAUGCCACCAGCGCAUUGCUGAUCUCCGAUCUAUUCUGGUGGGAAACGGACGAUGACAUUCGGGGCUGGAUCGCCGCGGCCGGCAGUGAGGACGAGCUCAAAGAUGUAACAUUCAGCGAGCACAAGGUCAAUGGCAAGAGUAAGGGACAAGCCUUUGUCGAAUUCAUCACUCCCCAAGCUGCGACGGCUAGCAAACACAAGAUCGAGACCGGUCAAUCAGGGCGGAAACACCUGGUGAACUAUACCAACCCGCAUCAGAACCCAUUCCGCACACUCCCCAAGGACGCGCCCAUGCGCAAGGAUGCCAAUCGAACGAUGGGCGGUAAUUUCAACGCCGGCGGUAACCAAAACAAUAACUUUGGCAUGAACGUGGGUGGCGGCGGAUACCGCGGUGGACGAGGAGGCUUCAAUAACCGUGGGAUGGGUGGUAACAACUUCAACAACCGGGGCAAUUACAAUAACAUGGGCGGCGGCUUCCAGGGCGGCGGCGGCGGUCCCGGUAUGAUGGGCGGUUUCCAGGGCGGUCAUAUGGGUGGCAUGCAGAACUACGGCUUCAAUAACCGCGGCGGUGGCAUGAUGGGCGGCAUGCGCGGCGGACCGGGUGGUAUGCGUGGUGGUCGUGGUGGAAAUAUGGGCGGAAACAAUAUGAUGGGAAUGCCGGGCAUGAACCCCAUGGCUGGAGGUAUGGGUAUGAAUCCUAUGGCUGGUGGAAUGAACCCCAUGAUGAACAUGGGCAUGCAGGGCCAAGGUUUCCAGGGAGGUAACCCAGCAGCCUUCAACCAAGGGUUCUUCAAUAACCAGGGAGGUAGCGUCGGAGGCGGCAAUGAUGCUUCAUGGAACCCACACGGUGCAAAGCGCAGUCGGCAGGAGUAG